CCGGUUGGUUUUCCCAGUUGAAAAAUCAGACUAAGGACGAUACUCUUGGAGAUGUAGAAUUCCGUAUGCUUUUCAAGGAGGCUGACGCGAAUAGUGAUGGAUUUAUUCAAUUUGAAGAGUUGGAUAAAGCGUUAAAACUGGCAUUUAAAAAUGAGUUUGAGAGCGAUGAGAGCGACGAAGAAGAUGUUGAGGAACGCGAAGAUGUUGAGAAGCGCGAAGAUGUUGAGGAACGCAAAGAUUCUCAUGUGAGUGAAAUGAAACCCUCCUCAGAUGAAUCAGCGAUUUCAAAACCUACAAAACUUUUUGAGAUAAUCGAUUCUGACAACGACGGUAAAAUCACUUUUGUAGAAGCAUCAGAAUGGUUUAGUAAAAUGAAGAAUCAGAGCAUGGACUUUACCAGUGACGAUAAAGAAUUCCGUAAUCUCUUUAAAGCAACAGACAAAAAUAGUGACGGAUUCAUUCAACCCGAAGAAUUGAGACAAGUAGAGGUCCUAGCUAGAGCACUCGCGGCAAAUUUUCUUCCCAAUAAGAGUAAGGCAAUACUUUAUUUUUUCCGGGAUAGUUGUUGGAACUAUCCGAUUUUAUUAUUUCAAGAUUCAAUACAAGCCAUUACUAUGGAACAAGCCCCUGCUAUUGAAACCUCUCAAGAUCAACCAAAAGAAUUAACUCCUUUUUAUUACGAUGUGAAGAAACUUUUCAAAAUAAUUGACGUUAACAUGGAUGCCAAAAUUUCAUUUGAAGAGGCCGCCGAUUGGUUUUCAAAGGUGAAAAAUGAGACUAAAAGCGAUGCGCUGGGUGAUUUAGAAUUCAAUUUACUUUUCACUAAGGCUGACAAGAAUCAUGAUGGAUUUAUUGAAUUUGAGGAAAUGGAUAACGCGUUAAAACUGGUAUUUGAAAAUUAUACUGGUGAGAGUAAUGAAGAUGACAGUGAUGCCGAAGAGAACAUUUCCGAUGAAAAGGAGAACGUUUCUGAUAACAAAGAAUCUGUUUCUGAUACCAAGGAGAACAUUUCCGAUAAAAAGGCUUACGUUUCUAAUACCAAAGAAACCGUUUCAGAGGAUAAAGUUUCAGAUAACAAGGAAAACAUUCAUGAUAACAAAGGGAACAUUUCUGACAACAAUGCAAUUGUUUCAGAUAACAAGGAGAACGUUUCAGAUAAAACCAAAGAAACCGUUUCAAAGGAAGACGUUUAUGAUAACAAAGAAUCUGUUUCUGAUAACAAGGAGAACGUUAAUGAUAACAAAGAAUCCGUUUCUGAUACCAAGGAGAACGUUUCUGAUAACAAGGAUAGCGUCUCUGAUAAUAAAGAGAACGUCUCUGAUACCAAAAAUAUUACUGAGAGUAAGGAGAACGUUUCUGAUGACAAAGAAACCAUCUCUGCUAACAAGGAUAACGUUUCUGAUAACAAAGAACCCGUUCCAGAUAACAAGGAUAACGUUUCUGAUAAUAAAGAGAACGUUUCUGAUACCAAAAAUACUACUGAUAGUAAGGAGAACGUUUCUGAUAACAAAGAAAACAUUACUGAUAGCAAGGAUACCAUCUCUGAUAAUAAAGAUGGAGUUGCUACAGAUGAUAAAGUUUCUUCUGUUGCAAAAUCUGUUCAAGAAAGUAAAGAGAAAAUUGCUACGGAGAACCUCAAUACUGAUGAUAAAAUCGAGCGUAAGGAGAAUGAUGAACUUAAGGAGAAAUCUACUACUGAUGUCAACAAGAACACUGAUUCGAUCGUAAAGGAAAAUGCUUCUGUUGAAAAAGAUAAUUUGAAUACUCCUACCAUUAGCAAAGAAAAGGAUGUCAAUGAUACAGUUCCCUUGAAUGCUGCUUCUGAGAAUAUAGAAAAUGCUACAAACAAUGAGCCCGUCAAGGAAGAUAAAAGCAAAGAGAAUGCCAUUGAAAAUAUCAACAAGGAUACUGUUGUUUUAAAUGAAGUUAAAGAUGGAGAAAUCCAUGAUAAUGAUAAGAACUCUACUGAGAAGAGUAAAGAUAAUGCCUUGGUCAAUGAUAAUGGUGACAAACCAGUGGAAAACAAAGAGAGCACUGAAAAGGAUAAUGCUGAAGAAAUGCAAAAGAGUAAAGAUAAUACCUCAGAUAUUGAAGAUGAUGGUGACAAAACUGUUGAAGUCGUAAAGAGCACUGAAAAAAAUAACGCAGAAGAAAUCCAGAAGGCUAAAGGUAAUUCCUCAGAGAUUCGGAAGAAUAAAGAUUCAGCUAUGGAAGAUGAUGGCGACAAAACUGUUGAAGUCAAAGAGAGCAUUGAAAAGGCUAGUGAUGAAGAAAUUCAUAAAGAUAAUUCCUCGUCUAAGGAAAAAGAGGGUGUUACAGAUGCCAAGGAAACCACUGAAAAGGAUAAUGCUGAAUCCACAACAACUGGUAAUGUUGAAAUUGCUACCGAUAAAGCAGAGAAUGAUCCCAUUGGCAAUGGCUCCGGUGGUAAUGACUCCAACGAUAAAAGCAUCGACGGAACAAAAACUGACGAAAUUGGAGAGAAGAACGUUGCCGAUAAAUCUGAAAACAAAGAGAAAGAAGAUAACGCUGUUGAUGAGACAGGCUAUAAAAAGGAUGAUGAAAACAACGACAAUGCAAAUCAUGAUGAAAUGGAAAAAAAGGAAAAUGAAGACAGCGACAACGCCAAUCAUGAAAAUUCUUCCAUGUCCGAAGAUUCUGGUUCUGCCGAAGGUAAAGAACUUUAG